AUGUCGCGCGCCACUGGAGCCGAUCUACCACCUGAAGUACUAUCAUACAUUCUCCAGUGUGUUCCGCCAUAUUAUCUCUGGCUUGACUUAGACGAACGUCGCGAGUUGAAGCGCGGGCUCGCUGGGCCUGCCCUCGUAUGCAAGCACUGGUCCGAAGACAUCAGACCUACCCUCUUCCAAGAACUCGAGUUGCGCAGCGCCGAAGACGUACGGUUCCUCAAGAAUAUCGUCAGCAGUCCCGGAUUCGCAGCUUCAUGUCUGUCCGGGUCCAUCAGGUGGAUAUAUAUCCGCCAAGAAGCUACGGGAGCAAAGCCCUGGCUUCACCAUGUUCAUGGACUUUCAACCCGACUCCAAGGGACAAAAUUCCGCUGUGUCGUCAAGAACCGCGCGGGCGAUGCUGCAUCAACAGCCGGCCGUUGGGCCCCAUUCGAGUCGAUACCCACCGUCACCCCAUCCUAUAUCCGACUCUCCUCUCUCAUUCUCCGCGAUGUUGUAUUCGCGAGCAAGACCGAGCUCAUACGGCUCGUCGACAAUUUCCCCACGCUCGAAGACUGCUAUUGCGAGCGACUGACCUUCCUUGACCCGUUGCCGCCCGCCCGCCCACGCAGACUCCGCCGACGUUCUCCACCGACUCGCCACAACUUCCUAUGUACGAUGAGUUAUUGUAAAGAUAUGGUGGCUCCCAUUCAAGCGGCACUUGCUACAGACAUCGUGGACCCUGCUCGCCUCAUGGGCCUUGACGACCGCACAUGGGACACAUCCCUCCAGGGACUGCUUGCGUUGGCACCGAGGGUACCCGGACGGGUAGACGUGUCUCUGGAUGGCGAUAUGCCUGGUAGAUAUUCUAACGCGGUGGAGAUCCAUUGCUAUUCACUCAGUCCAGGUCAGCCUGCGGGCCCCGACAUCAUCGCUGAAGUUAGGUUUUGCCGAUCAAGUGCGGGCCAGGAUGCGGGGCCUACACUCGCGCAUAUCGAGAGCAUCGAUCUCGAACUCCUACUUGGCGAUGUCGGAGUUGCGGACACCCUUCCUUGGGACGGCUUGCGACCCGUCAUUGAUUCCCCGCACAUGCGCCGCCUUUGUAUCAAGUAUUAUGCGCCGGAGAAUGGAUGCUUCGAGGGCGCGAAGAAGGUCUUGUGCUCUGUGCUGCGCCGCUCGCAGCUGACCUGGGCUCUCGAAUCAGGCAAACUGCAAUUCGAGAGACAUUUCCGUCCUGAGAAUUCUGUUACGAGAGAAGACAUCUUGUCAGUACCGACGAAGCACACCAUCGACGGCACCACGAUCACUCUCGACAUCGCCGAACAAGCCGAGUGGUUGCUGCGCCCGGUCCACGCUCGCUCUGAAGAGCACACAACGGAGACCAGGGAGCAUUACUUACGAGAGCUCGUAACGAACCGUCCGAGCGGACCAUCCACGGACGCAGCCUCAGGGACCGCGCCGCCCACUGCAGAUGGCGCUCAAGACACGGCAGUCGAGCAGACGUGGGAAGCGGCGGAGGGAGAUGGGCCGGUAGGCGAACAGGGCGAGGAAACGGGCGACGUCGGUGACGAAGAGAGCAUAUAG